AGUUCUGCACUCCUGCCACGUAUGCUAUUGCUAUGCAGACGACGAAGAAUUCGUUGUUUUGAAUCUGAUUGUACGUGUCAAUUGAAUGUUAAAGUGGUUAAAGUUAAAAAAAUAUGGAUCUUUCAGCUUUUGCCAAAGAGCAUUUUUCAGCCAAGGAUUGGGUCAACAACACUUUCCGACAAUCUGAAGCUCAAUCACAUGAGAACUUUGCAUCGUCGAUUGUCAUGAAAUUACAGCUCGCUAUUUAUGAAAUUAAUAGCAGCCUUGAAAAUACAAGCACUUCAGUUUUGUCCAACCUCCCUCGACUUUUAAGGGACAUUGAGCUUCUUCAGAAUGAAGUAGUACAUUUCCAGAGAAAGCUUGUCACUGUUGAACAUGAAGUUUCCAAAGUUGAGAAUGAAACAACACACUCUCUGGAGUACAUUAUCAAACUUGAUGCAAUAAAAAAUAAGUUGAAAGCAACAUCAAAAGCUUUACAAGAAGCUGAUAACUGGACCACACUUAUGGCUGAUAUUGAAGAAUUAUUUGAAUCUAAUGAUCUGAUGGCCUUGUCACAACGUCUGAAUAGUCUGAGACAAAGUUUGGAUCUUCUUAAUCAUGUAAGUGACUAUGGUGAAAGAAUGAUGCAGCUUGACGGACUCCGUAAUCGUUUAGAAGCCCUCGCAUCACCUUCCUUGGUGUCGGCCAUAUCUACUGGAGAUGCUGCUAAAACAACUGUUAUGGUGCAGGUGUUCACCAACAUGGACAGACUCGAUCAACUGUUGCAUUACUAUACUAAGUGUAGACGUGGUGUUAUCUUACACCAAUGGAAAGAACUGUGCGAACUAGACGAUUUGAAUGCAGUUGAAGUAAUCAGUCGCUUUCACGAGCUAUUGCUAGACGAUCUGCAAGAGCAAACCAAAUGGUAUCAGGGUGUGUUUAACCAACACUCCACCAACAGCAGUCGCGUCAUUUUGCCUAUCUAUUCACAAGCUAUGUCAGCGCUCGAUCCUAGUCCUCUAAAUAGUGUUGAAUCUUUGAUUAAAAAACCUGCUGCCGCCGAAGGUUUGUUUAUGCUGCAACAAAUCAAAUCAUCAGCCGACAGGCUCUUUCAAGGUGUAGAGGCCCACUUCAAAGAUAUUGGUCCCAUCGAAGAUGAAGUUUUUCGUCAAUUUAGCGAAUCACUUUAUCAGCUUUUCCGACUUAUGAUUUCCAACAAGUACAAAGCCUUAUGCCUUCAACAUCUCCUAGAACAAUUCUCGCAACCUAUCGACGAUAACAGUGAGAUCACCGAAAGCAUUCACAGUUUGAAGCAAAGUCAUUCGAAAAUCAAUAGCCUCAUGGAGUCUACGCUAAACAACUGCGUGGUACUCACUCAUGGUUACGGUCUUGAGUUGUUAAUCGAGGCUUGGAAUCGAUUUUUGGUUCACCAUUUGCAGCAAUACAAAAGUGUGCUUCAGAAACUUCAAAACUUGGGGCAGUCCGGAGAAGACUCUUUACACACUGCACUAUCUUUACUUCAAACGCUGGGAGAAUUGCUGCUCGUGCUGGAGGAAAACGAUACCUUGUUUGCGGAUAAUGUAAAAACUUGUGGCAAAAAAUUGAAUCAACCCGAGGUUCCUCUUAGCUGCUACAAAACGUUCUACCUUGAAUCACAGCCACUUCAGCGGCUUGAACUUCUUUUUAAAGAACAGGAACAACAUGAAAGGCGCUCCUAUUUAGGUCCGACGGUAUCUGUAGCUCUGGAACUUAAUUCAGAGAUUCAACGUUGCAUUUAUGACACAUUGAUGAGCCCGAUACUCCAACAAAUCGAAUUGUUGGGCAGUCGAGAGUGGGCUGAAAUAAUCAGCAGCAGUGGUUUAACAGAAGAUUUGCCAGAAUUCGGCCUUGCGCCAAUGGAAUACAUAACACAAAUUGGCCAGUAUCUAAUGAUGCUGCCGCAACACCUCGAGCCUUUUGUUCUUCAGGAAAAUCGAGGACUUACCCGGGCUUUAUCGGAGCAUACUUUCCCUCAUGGACGUCCCCCUGGUACAAGCCUCUCUCAAACAGGGCAGCUGAGCGCCACAGACUUCCUGUUGGGUUGCGUUGCAGCAGCUUCCGCUAACGCCUUGAGUGAAGCAAUUCUUCGCAUUGAGAGUGUGGGUUCGAAAGGAGCCAAGCAACUAGCCGCUGAUAUAGAUUAUUUAGGCAACAUCUUCGAAGAUUUAGGCUUAGUGCUACCCGUUUCUUUGAUGGAACUUGUUGAAUUGUUUCGUGCUGCAGCAGCUUCAAUUUUAUCAUCCGAUGUUUCGAACUUUAAAUCUGCAUCGCAUGGUAAAGAUCAUCGUCUCGUAGCUGCCGUUAGAUCUAUUACGAAUCUACCGUCAAAUGACUGAAAUCGAAGCAGUUUUUCCCCAGUAUUACUAUCUUAAUUGUUGGAUGAGUACAUUAUUGUAGGGUAUGGUCGUGACGAAACUUACCCUUGCGUGUUUUUGUAGGGCAUUCAUCGGAGUUUAUUAUCAUAGCUCAUUAAAACGUAUAUUCGCCGUUAAGGAAUUAUUAUCUUAUGAAAUGUAAUCAAAACAUAUCCACUAAAUUUGAAAUGAACGAAUGAAACAUUCUUUUAAUGGUCGAUCCAAAAUAUUUCGGGCCAUAAAUUAUCAAACCCUAAUAUGCGUACUAGAGAAUGUGCUUUUAAAAAUUCAAAUGUCAAACAAGUUAAUAUACUGAAAGCCUCUUUGUUGAAA